CAAGCAAUCGACUAACCAUACGCCAUAACGUUAAGAAAUGUUGAAGACAGUCUUUCUCAUUGUAUCAGCCCUAGCAAUUGCUGGGGCACAAGUGCCUAGUUUAGGAUGGUGUCCUGAAUACGUACCAAUGGCUAAUUUUGACAUGUCACGGUUUUUGGGAGUAUGGUACGAAGCUGAAAGAUACUUUCAAUUAUCUGAAGUUGUGUCACGUUGUGUAAUGGCUAAUUAUACAGAAGGACCUGAUGGUAAAUUACGUGUUAGUAAUGAAGUUACAAACAGAUUUACUGGAAUAAAGAGAAUUCUUGAGGGUGAAAUUAAAAAAGCUGCAUCAAGAUCAGAAGAGGGUAAACUUAAUGUUAAAUACACAACAUUCCCAUUAACACCAGAAACAAAUUAUGCUGUUCUUGAGACUGAUUAUAAAAAUUAUGCUGUUUUAUGGAGUUGUCAGGGAAUUGGACCAAUUCAUGCACAAAAUGCAUGGUUAAUGACAAGAUCACGUCGUCCAGCAGGCGAAGUUAUGCAAAUGGCUUAUGGAGUACUUGAUAAAUACAAAAUAUCAAAAAUAUCAAGAGACAUAAUAUAGAUACCUGAAUAACAAUUACCAAUUGAAGAAGCACAUGUAACAAAUAAUUUAAGAUCAGCAAUUAUUCCAGAUGCUGCUGAUGUUAUUAUUCAAACAAGAAAAACAGAAAUUGCUGAUCAACAAGAAGUUGUUAAACCAAUUGAAAAGGUACAAGAAACAAUUAAAUCAGAGAUAAAAAGUGAGGAGCUUGUCAAGACAGUACCAAUUGAAAAACAAACAAUUGAAAUUGUCAAAAUAGAAGAACAAGAAAAACCAAUUGUUCCUGCUGCUGCUGCUGCUCCUGUUGUUACUGUACCAGAAGCAAUUUUAAAAGCUGCUGAUACUGACAAAGAAAAAAAAAUAAUUUCAGACUUUAUUCCAAAUACACCAAUCAUUCCACCAACACCAUUUCCAGCUACGUUGAUAGAUGAUCUUAAUGACUUAGAAAAACAGUUAAAUGCCACAAAAUCGUAAUAACAUUUUUACAACUCAUAUCAUAGUAAUUAAUCAUUAAACAUAAAUACAAUGAUCAUUUAUUUUUUUUAAAUUUUAUUUUCUGAUCAUGCUUCAUGGUGAUUAUUCAUUUUUCAUAAUAAUUUUAAGAUCAGUCUUUAUUAAUUUCAGCAUAAUAAUAUUUCACAUAAUACUUAAUUUUAGACUGAGCAAAGAAA